AUGUCCCAAAUAUAUUUGGUGUGUGUUAUUUGUUGUCUGUUGUAUUAUGUGCGAUGUAUAAAUGUACAAAUAGGUAAUCAGAAGUAUAGUUUAUGCUCUAAUAAAAUUAAAAAAGAUUUGUUAGAUUUUUAUAAUACCUUGGGUGUAUUAAAAUCAGAUAAGAAUUUAAAAGACAAUAUAAAAAAAGUAAAUUUGUAUACUAAAUUUCGAAAAAGAUUAUAUAAAGAUAGAUUAAGUGUAUAUGCAAAUGUUAGUAUAAAAGAAAAAGGAGAAGAAGUAGUACCAGUUAAAGUUGUUGAAGAAAAAGAAAAUAAAGAAAAUGAAGAAAAGACUAAUAUAUUAGAUCAAGAAAUAUUUACUAAUUUUAUGCAAUUUAAUAAAAAUAAUUUUUUUUGUAUAGAUGAAUUAGGUUUAGAUGUUAGUAUUCCCUUAUAUAAAAAUAGUGGUUUUGGCGCUAAUGUAGUUUAUCAAUUACCUGAAACAGUUUAUGUUAAUGCAUACACAAAUAUAUAUAAUACAAUAAUUAAAGGAGAAUUUAAUAGUAUAGAUAUUUUGAAAAGAAUCAGUUUUUUUCAGUUCUUUGAUAAUUUCUAUUUAAAUGCACAUUAUGAUUUUAAAAGUGAAAAAGCUCUUUUAAAUUUAGAAAGUAAACUAUAUGAAUAUUAUAAUAAACACGGUGAUAAUAUUAGUUUUAAUAACAAAAUUAUUGUUGAGAGAAAUAUGCAUAAUGAAUAUGAUGGUUCUGUAUGCCUCUCUUUAAAGUAUAACAAUAAUGUCUUUACCCCUAUAUUUAAUUUCAAGGACAAGACCUAUGAAUAUGUUUAUGAUAAUAUAAGCGGAAAUAGAAAAUUCAGUGUAAAAGUAGAUAAAGACAGAAAUGUACAUUUUAAUUAUUUAUCUUUCGAUAGAGUAGACGAAUCAAAUAAAUAUUUCUUAUUUUUCAAUUUUAUAUUUUCUAAUCCUAUGCAGUCAAUAAUUACAUUAAAGCGUGAAUUCAUUUUCUAA